UGGAAAUAAAUUAAACGUGUCGGCUCAUUUUAUUGUUGCGAUCCUCUCUCGCUGUAAUUUACGUAGAAAACUGCGAAAAUGCGGACAGAUAGAAGAGACGAGUGCGUGACUGGCCGGAUGGCCGGGAGCGGAGUCUGAGCGCUUAAAAGGAUCUGAAUCCAACACCACCUCCGCACUCGAUCAUCCGUCGCUGACAGGAGCUAGUAACUUGCACGAGAUUUUAGACCUGGCUGAAAAUGUAUUGCAGAGUGGUUUUGUUUUCUGCGUUCUUGGCUUCUUUUGCAGCGGCUUUGCUUAUUCCAGAGAGAGGCCUGGAGGCUGAAAUGUCGAUUGAGUGUCUGGGCUGCGUGUGCGAGGCGACCACGCGGUGCAACCUCAACUACAACUGCACGCAAGGACUUUGCGGGCCUUUGCUGAUCUCGGAGCCGUAUUGGUUCGACGCCGGCCGCCCCGUCAUCGACGGAGAUAACCCAACUUGGACUGGAUCUUUCUACAGGUGCGUGACUGACCCUGUGUGUGCUGGAGUCACAGUUAGGAAGUACAUGGUGAAAUACAGACAGGAUUGCAAUGGUGAUGGAAGAAUCGACUGCGAAGACUUUGCUAGGAUUCAUUACUACGGGGGCUAUAAAUGCUUCAAGAGCCUUGAAGGAACCAAGUACUGGCGGCAGUUCCGAGAGUGCCGAACCGCCACCAAUCAGUUCGGCCAAAAAUGAUUCUGCUGUAUUUACGUUCAAGAAAAUAACAACUGAUGCGGAGGGAAACAGUUGUUGUUACAAUUAAGUCUAAUUUAUUUUUUCAGUUUUUAAUAUCAAGUCAGUGAGUGAAAUAUUUGGAACUGAAUAAAUUAUUUUCUAUACAUAAACUGAA